AUGCCGAGGGCGAUGGAAACCAUAAUGUCGGUAACUAUCUCAUGUAUGGUGUGNACUCUGCCUAAUCUUCGUGUAGAAGAUGCAAUGGACAUUCCUCUAGCAGCCCCGGUAGUUGUUUGGCGCGAUGCCGAGGGCGAUGGAAACCAUAAUGUCGGUAACUAUCUCAUGUAUGGUGUGAUGUUUGUUUUGGGUAUGGACUCGGUAAACUUGUGCGUCGUCGAAGGGCCGUUCGCUGGAGCGCGUGACUACCUACUGGCAAACAAGUUUGCAAGAAUACAUUACAUUGAUCCAUGUCCUUUGUUCGAGAAAAUGAUGAAGGUUUUUGACAACGUGUCCCCAGAAGAGCUGAUUGAAAGUGUGGGCUCUUGUUCGGGUGGUGAUCCAGUAGAAGACAUAGAGAUUAUCGAUAUUUCUGAUUAA